CAUUUUGUAGUUGCACACAGCACAAAGCGAAACUCUUUACAAACACAAAGUUAGUGGCAGUGACUAAAAUCAUCGACAGCAGGUCUUCGCUGUUUUCUCGACAGGAAGACUAAUUAUGUAUGGAUUCGUUAAGCCUGUGACAUUAUAAGAGACGGUCAUGAUGGCGGAGGAGGCUGGAAAGCUUCCACUUCUGCGUCUGGAGCCCCCCAUUCAGAAAUUCAUUAAAGUGGCCAUUCCCACUGACCUGGAGAGACUGCACCAGCACCAACACAACAUAGAAAAGUUUCAGAGAAACAGUCAGUGGGAUAAACUUCACCAAGAGCACAUCAACUCCAGCCGCACUGUCCAGCAGUUGCGAUCGAACCUGCGGGAGAUGGAGAAGUUGUGUGGGCGGGUCCGCAGUGCUGAUGCUGAAGCUCUGGAGAAACUUGUUCAGCCAAUCAAAGAUCGAGCCUCCACUGCCAUUCAGGAGUUCCUCUGGAUUCACUCGAAUGCAAUCAAUAGGCCGGAUGCUCCAACUAUUGGCAAAGACUCUCACAAAACUAUCAGCACCGCCUCGGAUACGUUGCACAGUGACUGUGAUACAGGUGUGCCCGGUUCCCCUGUCACUCAAACACAGCUGCUCCUGCCUGAAAUCCCUCCAGAACAGAACGCCGCUGAGUCCUGGGAUUCUUUAGCUGAGGACCUACUGGAGCUGAAUGGUUUAGUAAAUGAGUUCGCCACUCUUGUUCAUGCUCAGCAGGAGAAGAUUGACAGCAUUGAGGCCAAUGUUAGCAUAGCAGCUGCUAAUGUGGAGGAGGGGACUCAGAGCCUAGGGAAGGCGGCUCGUUUGAAGCUGGCGGUUUUGCCCGUGGCGGGUGCAGUGGUGGGAGGAGUGCUAGGAGGGCCGCUGGGACUCUUAGCGGGAUUUAAAGUGGCGGGGGUCGCUGCUGCCGUGGGGGGUGGACUGCUUGGUUUUGCCGGGGGCAACCUGAUCCAACGGAAGAGGAAAGAAAGUAUCGCCCUGCAGCUACAACAGCUUAAGAGCAACAACAACAGUAAGAACGACACUCAGUGACACACCCAAACAUAUUUGUUUUUGUAGUGGAGGCCACGAGACGGCGGAGUUGGCGACCCACGCGCAUUCUGAAAUAAACACCAGACGCUCAAUGCACAUAAAACAACCACAACUGCAGAAUAACUCCUACACGCAGUGCAAACAUGCAUAUGUGACAUGCUACAACGAGUGGACCGCUAAUUUUCCUUUUGCCUUAAUUCAUCAUUCAUUUCUAUGCCAAAGCAAACAAGGCCUUAUUCCAUCAUCUGACAUGCUGUUGAUCAGCUGAUCGACCUUUGUAGCGGUAAUGUGACUGUAGGUGUUCGAGAUCAUAGAUGAUUGUUGUAUAAGAGUGUGAACUAUAUAACAUUAAGAUUUGUUAUGCAUACUGAGGAUUUGCAGAAGGUGACAUGGUUCUGUUUACUACAAUUAUGUAGAUUUUUUGUGCUAAAAUUGUAAAAGUUAUUGCAGAAUUCCAUGAUAAACACGUAAAAUGCCCCUGUGCGGUAUUGUAACUAUGAUGGAUUUCUUUUUAAUUCUGUUGAAAAUGAAACAUUGCACAGUAGUGAGAAACUCAAUACACUAUGAAUGAACAAUUAAUACAUAUCAUUAUCAAUGACAAAUUAUGAAGUUAAAAUUAUGAUAAGUUUCCAUAGUCUGUGGAGCUCAUUGUGUCCAGACCAUGAAUACUUAUUUUGCCUUGACUUUUGAUAAAUUAAAUAUUUCAGACAUCUAAUAAUGUCUCAGGCUGCUAAAAAUAAAUUAAAUUUGAAUAACAUUAAUAAGCCACUGUAAUGGUUAAUUAUUAUACAAAUUUAAUGGUUUGUUUAAAUAUGAUUAAUAUAACAGAAUAGAUCUUUAUGAUCUUUAAUACUUACAGCUUAAGGCUUAUAACUAUACAUAUAGCAGACAAGUUGAAUAAAUUAUAAUUGCACAUUGAAGAAGAGAAUCUGCCUCUUGGGUAAUUGCUUGUAUGCUGUAAUUGUGGAAAUACCGAUGCUUCAUGUAUGAUUUCUUACGAUCUUUUCUGUUUUUCUUAGCAGUUAGCACAUCUGAUCAAGAUGAUUCUGAUCAACAACUCUCAGGUUUAGAUAAAACAUCCUGCUAAACUGGGUUUACCCAGGCUGCUCAAGCGUUUCAUGUAUCUUUCUAUGUGCUGCUGGGGUGGCUGAUAGAUUUGGGUGAGGUUUCCCUGUAAGGCUUUGAUAACACAAGCCUCUGAGAGGCAAAUCUAAUACUGAAAUCAAUGCACUGUGAGACCUCCUUCAGCACAAACAACAUUUGAAUGUUAUUUGAUUACGGUCCUGAAGGACCAGCGGAAAACAACAAUAGCCUUUUAUGGUUUAUCGACCCUUAUUUUAGUUUCACUUGUCAAAAACAGAGAAGAAAAAAAAAUUGUCCGUUAUCACUCGUUUGGUUCUUUUGCAUUUGAUAGUAGUACUGAUUCACACAAAAUGGUCUGUAGGAACCACAAGGUCCACUUUAUCAAAAGAUUCAGCGCCAUUGAAAAGCAGUCUAAAAACCAACUUCUCAUUUAAAAAAAAAAGUUAAAUCUGUUUGUUUUUGUCCUGACUGAGAUCCGCGGCUGCUGCCCCCAGUCUCAAGCGUUGUUUUUUUGGAGUGAGCAGGGGGAUCCCCUCACAAACACGGAGCUGAGAGGCACACUGGCCCCCACGCCUUCCUCAUAACACAACACACUGGACUUCCCCUACGAAGGGGCGAAUGAACGUCUCCAGCAGCACAUGCAAGCCACCCUGUGCGUGAUAGCCCGAGUGCUGAGCUCUGCAUGUGUUCGGCUGUGCUGCUCGGGGAGGGAAAGUCCCAGGCGACUGACCUGCACACAGCCGAGUGUCAGACACGUUGCACUUUCCAUAUUCUGUGCGAACACACUCGCGCACUCAAAUGGAAAAGAUGGCAGGCCAUCUGUGGUGCUCUGUGAUGCAAUCUCCAUAGGUGUUGUGAUGUCAUGGGUUCCUGCUGUGGGCGGGAAGAUGUUUCAUGACAUCAGAGACCCUUUUUCUUGUGUCUACUUUAAACACCCACUUCAGAUCAUUUCCAUAUUACUAUAAAGACGUAGCUAAAGAUAAAAGUCUUCUUUGAUGUCUGAAGAUAAGGAUGGUGGAGGGGAAACUGUAGUCACAUUAGGUCAGCUUCCCUAGAAGUGUAUAGUUAGAAAUAGUUGCAAAUAUUUCAAUUAAGACCGUUUCAAGAGUUUGUACUCUGUCAUUUGCAUAUUCUUCAUAUUAAAAGCUGUUUUCCCCACACUUUUAAAUACCAAAUUGUGGCCUAAAUAUCUGUAUGCUGUUAUAAAAAAAAGUACUUGAAACAUUAAACUAAAUGUAUAGCAUUUAGAGGCAAAUUUCUGUUACUGAGCAGGUUAUUAGGUUAGAUCAUAUUUUAAAGGGAUAGU